AAUAAAAGUUCGAUCGUGAGGACCUUCCCAGUCUCCUCUACUCCCGCCGGCAAACCAACAGGAACAAAACCCUAGACUAAGCCAGCGGCCGCCUGCGAUGUCGCCAGUAGAUCCUCACUCUUUUACCGACUCCUCGGAACCCUUCUCUACCCACAUCGCUCUCAACCUAUUCCUCGAUUUCUCUUCCUCAACCAUCAUCGGCUCCGCUCUCAUCUCUCUCCCCACAUCCUAUUCCGGAAACCUCACCCUAGACUCCCGGGCCAUCUCCAUCUCCGCCGUUAUCGAUCCCGACUCCCUCUCCCCUCUACCGUUCGCCAUAUCCUCAUCCGCCGACCCCAUCAAGGGCUCACCUAUCACGAUCGCCCUCUCUUCUCACUCCUCUGUCCUCAUCGUCUUCUCCACCUCCCCAUCCUCCUCUGCUCUCCAAUGGCUUUCCCCUGCGCAGACCUCUUCCGGAUCUCAUCCUUUCGUUUAUACCCAAUGCCAAUCCAUUCACGCCAGAUCCGUUUUCCCAUGCCAAGACACACCCGCCGCACGCAUCCGCUACUCCGCCCGUAUCAACCUCCCUCUUCCCCUCUCGGCCGUCAUGUCCGCCUCUAAGCUAGCACGCCGCGAUCCCAUAGCCGGAGAAGGAUCCCCCGGCGUACCGGAUUCCCUCUGGUGCAGCAAAGACCGCAUCGUUGAGUGCUUCAGCAUGGAUCAGCCAAUUCCGCCUUACCUUUUUGCCUUGGCUGCUGGUGAGAUUUCAGGGCGGGAUCUUGGACCUAGGACGAGAGUUUAUGCUGAGGGCGGGCCCGAGGUGCUGGAUGCUGCGGCGAGGGAAUUUAGUGGGGUUGAGGAGAUGGUGAGAGUUGGGGAGGCGUUGUUUGGGCCGUAUGAGUGGGAGAGGUUUGAUGUGCUUGUGUUGCCUCCCAGCUUUCCUUAUGGAGGGAUGGAGAAUCCUAGGAUGGUAUUUCUGACCCCGACGGUGAUCAAAGGCGAUGCUACCGGGGCGCAGGUGGUAAUUCACGAGCUCGCUCAUAGCUGGACGGGGAAUCUGAUAACAAAUAAGACCAACGAGGACUUCUGGCUCAAUGAGAAGGCUUUAAGGAAAUGCUCCAUGCGUCGUUUGGAAUGUAGCUUGGGUUGCGUGAUAUUGAGAUUGGCAUCCUCAGGCCUUGCUCAUGUGCUCAAUCUUUCCUUUCUUGACAUGUUGUGUGACUAUAUGUAUAGUCUUUUGCAAGGUUUUGUAUGCAGAAGUACAUGGAGAAAUGCGGUUUUAGCGGUGCAUAAAAGCAAAAGAUUUUUGUGCGAGGUAAUAUCCUGUUUUAAAAUUCUUGGGAUUUCCUCUUCUUCUUUGCUUUGUGUAUGUACUUAGGAAUAUGAGAAUGGU